AAGCAAUCAAUAGCAGGACUUUUCUUAAAGGGCAUAAGUGCACACCAAAUAUUACAGUAAAAUCAGAGAAAGGGGUGACUUGUGUGGUAGCCUCUUUGCGGGAACAACGACUGCAACGAAAUACUAAUGAAUAGUUUAGGAGUCCUCCAAUUUCCAGUUAAUUAUACUGUUUGCAAAACAAUCUGUGUAUUUGAGUUGAUUGGUAAAUGCCGCAACUCCAACGCCGAUUUCAUAUCUUUGCGGAAACCUGUUUUUUUAAAAUAACAAGUUCACUUCCUCCGCUCUGUGCUGCGUGACAACGAUUGGCCAACGCUUUAGUCACGUUGUUUGAGUCUUUAUUGAGCGACAUUAACCUACUGAGGAAUAGGAACUGGUGUUUGCAAAGACCAACGGGGGUUAUUUGUGUGCUGUUUGUGUUAAUGCUACCAUGUUAGAAAAGUUAACCUUCAAAACGCGUUAUUUUACUUUAUCAUCUGCGCACAUAACUGAUCACUUUAUUUCCAAACUUGGAAGUAGCAGCUCACUGAGGAACAUUUAAUCUAUUUGACAGGACCGAUGUCGUUUUAGACUGCUGAGCAUUUGUAUUCAUUCUGCAAAGGCACAAAUUAAGAAGAGGAUACAAAAAAAAAUACACAGGCACAGAAAACCAUUCCGAGGUCUUGGUAGCUGCGUGAAUGUCGUUUUUCAGCUACCCCAGUUAAACUGAAAAACGGACGAGUUUGUCUUGGUUGUUGUGCAUUGAUCUUAGCUAUGUGAUAGUGAGAGCACGGAGUUAAAAUCACUCAGGUGAGAAGAACGUAUCCAUCAACAUGAGGCUCCUAACAUUUCUUUUGAAAAACGGCUCUCUCGGCAAACAAGUGGAUUUCUACUCCAGAUUUUCUCCUUCCCCUCUGUCCAUGAAACAGUUCUUGGAUUUUGGGUCAGAAAAUGCAUGUGAAAGGACAUCUUUUGUGUUUCUGAGACAAGAACUUCCUGUCAGGUUAGCGAACAUCAUGAAAGAAAUAAACCUGCUGCCUGACAAUCUGCUCAAAACUCCGUCUGUUCAAUUAGUCCAGAGCUGGUAUAUACAGAGCUUCCAGGAGAUCCUUGACUUCAAGGAGAGAAAAGCUGAAGACGACAAAGUCAUUUACGACUUCACGGACGCCGUAAUAAAAAUCCGAAAUCGCCACAAUGAUGUCAUCCCCACCCUGGCCCAGGGAGUGGUGGAGUACAAGGAGUCCUAUGGCAUUGAUCCUGUGACGAGCCAGAAUGUGCAGUACUUCCUCGAUCGCUUUUUCAUGAGCCGCAUAUCAAUCCGAAUGCUUCUCAAUCAGCACACUUUACUCUUUGGUGGAAAGGUGAAAGUAAACCCAGCUCAUCCUAAGCAGAUUGGGAGCAUUGACCCUCAUUGUCGUGUUGAAGAAGUGAUCAAGGAUGCAUAUGAAAAUGCAAGAAGACUUUGUGACCUCUAUUAUAUGAACUCACCAGAGCUGAAACUGGAAGAAUUUAAUGCUAAAGAAAGAGGAAAGCCAACAACAGUGGUAUAUGUACCUUCCCACCUCUACCACAUGGUAUUUGAGCUUUUUAAGAAUGCCAUGAGAGCAACAAUGGAAUAUCAUGGGGUCAUAGCGGAGUAUCCGCCAGUCAAAGUUCAGGUUGCAUUGGGUCAUGAAGAUCUGACAGUGAAGAUGAGUGACCGCGGUGGAGGCGUUCCUUUAAGGAAGAUUGAGAGGCUGUUCAGCUACACAUACUCCACUGCCCCACUGCCUCGCAUGGAAACCUCUCGGGCAACUCCUCUGGCUGGCUACGGCUAUGGUCUGCCCAUCUCCCGCUUGUAUGCGAGAUAUUUCCAGGGAGACCUGAAACUCUAUUCAUUGGAGGGCUAUGGCACCGAUGCUGUAAUAUAUAUAAAGGCUUUAUCGACGGACUCCAUAGAAAGGCUCCCUGUCUACAACCGGUCAGCCUGGAGACAUUACAAGACCAUCCACGAAGCUGACGAUUGGUGUGUGCCCAGUAAAGAACCGAAGGACAUGACCACUUUCCGCAGCUCUUAGCCGUACAAGUCAGGACUGCAAUCGGCUCGACAGACCAGGGUCCAGAAGGUAGGAGGGUGGCUGUAGCGAAGGGGUGAGGUUUUCUGUAGAGUUCAGUAUUAAAAGCUAGAGGGAGGAAAAUUACAUUCUCUCUAUAUUUUCCACAUAAAAAUGUAUUCCAAACUCCAUUCUGUGCAUUACUGUUCGUGCAACGAUUGUUUCCACCAGUGGGUAUUUCUCACAGACGAUUGUUAUUGAACUAAAAGAUAAAUACGGGGGGAACUGUCCUAAGUGGUAGCACAAUAUGUCGGGGUUUUUUGCUUUGUUUUUGAGAGGACAUAAGUAAGGCUAAAUGUAAGGCUUUCUUGGUGUGCUUUUGAAAUUAAUAAGUUGGAGAUUGUAAACCAUAUUUUUUUCCUGUAACAAACAGUGUGGUGAGCCAUGUUUUAACUAAUAUACCUCAUCUGUUUUGGUAUUAACAUCACUGAUAAGUAUUGAAUAAUAGCAAUAGUUUUGAUAUUAAAGAUAUAAUCCUGAAGCAGUAACCAUCUUGUAAAAAAAACAACAACAGAUGGCUUCUCUGUGUGAUACUUAAUAUAAAAUUUUACAAGCACAUUUUGUAAGCCUUGUCAAUAUGUGUGCCUAAGAGUUUAAAUCCGUAUUUGCCAUUGUAUGUACACCCAUAGAAACAAAGCUUCAGUUAAAAAUAAAUGUGACUCUGGGCUGUCAAAAUUCAACUGCUCUGGGCAUUUGUAUAGAUAAAAUGUUUCAUUAAAACUGUUUUCAUGGUACAAAAACGUUUUCCAUCCCAUUUUGGAUUACUGUGUCCUCCAACAUUUGUGAGCAUGGGUGAAACUGGUUGUAGUCGAUCUUUUGAGUGCAUAAUAUUCCACAUGUUUUUCAUUAGCUAAUUCACAUUUUGAAGCAGUUUCUGUAACCUUGUGAAAUCUGAAAAAUGUGGUUCCCUUUUUACCUCAUUAUUAUCCAAUAAAGGCAUUACCAAAAUUCAA